GCAUCAGAGACUUUGUCCCGGGGACUGUGAAGGGAGAUUCUGGCUUUGGACUUGAUCACUGCCUGGGACCUAGGCUGAGGGAGCCAGCAUGUCUCAGUGGAAUCAAGUCCAACAGUUAGAAAUCAAAUUUUUGGAGCAAGUAGAUCAAUUCUAUGAUGACAACUUUCCUAUGGAAAUUCGGCAUCUGCUGGCCCAGUGGAUUGAAAAUCAGGACUGGGAGGCGGCUUCUAACAAUGAAACCAUGGCAACAAUUCUUCUUCAAAACUUGUUAAUACAACUGGAUGACCAGUUAGGUCGCGUUUCGAAAGAGAAAAACCUACUCUUGAUACACAAUCUGAAAAGAAUAAGGAAAGUCCUUCAGGGAAAAUUUCAUGGAAAUCCAAUGCAUGUAGCUGUGGUUAUUUCAAAUUGUUUAAGAGAAGAGAGGAGAAUAUUGGCUGCAGCCAACAUGCCCGUUCAGGGACCUCUGGAGAAAUCCUUACAAACUUCUUCAGUUUCGGAAAGACAGAGGAAUGUGGAGCACAAAGUGGCUGCCAUUAAAAAUAGUGUGCAGAUGACAGAACAAGACACCAAAUAUUUAGAAGACCUGCAAGAUGAAUUUGACUACAGAUAUAAAACAAUUCAGACGAUGGAUCAAGGUGACAAGAACAACACCCUAAUGAGUCAGGAAGUUUUGACUCUGCAAGAAAUGCUCAACAGCCUGGACUUCAAGAGAAAGGAAGCCCUCAGUAAGAUGACACAAAUAGUAAAUGAAAUGGACCUGUUAAUGAACAGCAUGCUAAUAGAAGAACUGCAGGACUGGAAGAGGCGGCAACAAAUUGCCUGCAUCGGAGGUCCACUUCAUAACGGGCUCGACCAGCUUCAAAACUGCUUUACACUGUUGGCAGAAAGUCUGUUCCAACUCAAAAGGCAAUUGGAGAAAUUAGAGGAGCAAUCUACCAAAAUGACUUAUGAAGGUGAUCCCAUCCCGAUGCAAAGACCACUUCUGCUGGAAAGAGUCACCUUCUUGAUCUACAACAUCUUUAAGAACUCAUUUGUGGUCGAACGACAGCCAUGCAUGCCAACCCACCCUCAGAGGCCGAUGGUACUUAAAACUCUCAUUCAGUUCACUGUAAAGCUAAGAGUCUGCGGACAGGCUCGGCUGCACUUGGAACGACACAGGUCAGACCCCGCAGGCAGAGCAGAGGCCACUGGGUUCUCCCGAGAGAGGCAGCACUACCGCGCCUUCGCCCUUCCCUGCUCGACCCUUCGCGCAGAGGAGCAUGCCGCCAACGAUGUUUCAUUUGCCACCAUCCGUUUUCAUGACCUCCUGUCGCAGCUGGAUGAUCAAUACAGUCGCUUUUCUUUGGAGAAUAAUUUUUUGUUGCAGCAUAACAUAAGGAAAAGCAAGCGUAAUCUUCAGGCUCAGUCGGGGAGUAUUCAGAACACUGUGAUGUUAGAUAAACAGAAGGAGCUUGACAACAAGGUCAGAAAUGUGAAGGACAAAGUUAUGAGUAUAGAGCAUGAAAUCAAGACCCUAGAAGAUUUACAGGAUGAAUAUGACUUUAAAUGUAAAACCUCGCAGAACAGAGAACAUGAAGCCAAUGGUGUGGCAAAGAAUGAUCAGAAACAGGAACAGAUGUUACUCCAGAAGAUGUUUUUAAUGCUUGACAAUAAGAGAAAGGAAGUAGUCCACAAAACAAUAGAGUUGUUGAAUGUCACCGAACUUACCCAGAAAGCCCUGAUUAAUGAUGAACUGGUGGAAUGGAAGCGCAGACAGCAGAGCGCCUGUAUUGGGGGACCCCCCAACGCUUGCCUCGAUCAGCUGCAGAACUGGUUCACCAUAGUUGCAGAGAGCCUACAGCAGGUUCGUCAGCAGCUUAAAAAGCUUGAGGAAUUGGAACAGAAAUUCACCUAUGAUCAUGACCCCAUCACGAAAAACAAACAAGCCUUAUGGGACCGCACUUUCAGCCUCUUCCAGCAGCUCAUUCAGAGCUCAUUCGUGGUGGAAAGACAGCCUUGCAUGCCAACUCAUCCUCAGAGGCCACUGGUCUUGAAGACUGGCGUACAAUUCACUGUGAAGCUGAGACUAUUGGUGAAAUUGCAAGAGCUGAAUUAUAACUUGAAAGUCAAAGUCUUAUUUGAUAAAGAUGUGAAUGAGAGAAGUACAGUAAAAGGAUUCAGAAAGUUCAACAUUUUGGGCACACAUACAAAAGUGAUGAACAUGGAGGAGUCCACCAAUGGAAGUCUGGCAGCAGAAUUUCGACACCUGCAACUGAAGGAACAGAAAAAUGCUGGCAACAGAACUAACGAGGGCCCUCUUGUCGUUACUGAAGAGCUUCACUCCCUUAGUUUUGAAACCCAGUUGUGCCAGCCUGGUUUGGUCAUUGACCUUGAGACGACUUCUCUGCCUGUCGUGGUGAUCUCCAAUGUCAGUCAGCUCCCAAGUGGUUGGGCCUCCAUCCUGUGGUACAACAUGCUGGUGACAGAAGCCAGGAAUCUGUCCUUCUUCCUGAACCCACCAUCUGCACGAUGGGCUCAGCUUUCAGAGGUGCUAAGUUGGCAGUUUUCUUCGGUCACCAAAAGAGGUCUCAGUGUGGACCAACUGAGCAUGCUGGGAGAGAAACUUCUUGGUCCUAAUGCUGGCCCCGAAGGUCUUAUUCCAUGGACGCGGUUCUGUAAGGAAAAUAUAAAUGAUAAAAAUUUUUCUUUCUGGCUUUGGAUCGAAAGCAUCCUUGAACUCAUUAAAAAACACCUGCUCUCUCUCUGGAAUGAUGGGUGUAUCAUGGGCUUCAUCAGCAAGGAACGUGAACGCGCCCUGUUAAAGGACCAGCAGCCUGGGACGUUCCUGCUGCGGUUCAGUGAGAGCUGCCGGGAAGGCGCCAUCACGUUCACGUGGGUGGAGCGCUCCCAGAACGGAGGCGAACCUUACUUCCAUGCGGUUGAACCCUACACAAAGAAAGAGCUUUCUGCUGUUACUUUCCCGGAUAUUAUUCGCAAUUACAAAGUCAUGGCUGCUGAAAAUAUUCCAGAGAAUCCCCUGAAGUAUCUGUAUCCAAAUAUUGAUAAAGACCAUGCCUUUGGAAAGUAUUACUCCAGGCCAAAGGAAGCACCAGAACCGAUGGAACUUGAUGGCCCUAAAGGAACCGGAUACAUCAAGACUGAGUUGAUUUCUGUGUCUGAAGUCCACCCUUCUCGACUUCAGACCACAGACAACCUUCUCCCCAUGUCUCCUGAGGAGUUUGAUGAGGUGUCUCGGAUAGUGGGCGCUGUAGAAUUCGAUACUAUGAUGAACACAGUAUAGAGCAUGAAUUUUUCUACUCCUCUCUGGCGACAUCUUUCCUUCCCUGUGAUUCCCUCCUGCUGUCCUGUUCCUUCACAUCCUAUGCUUUUAGGAAAUGAAAGGCCAACAAAUUUGCUGCAACCUGUUGACAGCAAGUGGAUUUUUCCCUAAUUCAGAAACGUCUGUUACUCUGGAGGGUUUCACGCAUCUAAUUAAAGGUAAAAUUGAAAGGCUCUCUGCACAGAGUGGGUUUUGCAAAUGAAACACAUCCAGAUCUACCCAAUACCCAAAACCACAGGACUGCUAGAAUGAGAGUGCUUUAGGAAAGGUCAGACGGUCAGCAGCAUCUAGCAAGUGCUCUGUAUAAAGUCAAUGCCCAACUGUUCCUAGGCUGGUGGAUAGAUUAUUUGGUUAUUUAGAGAACUUGUUGAGGUGUAGGAUUGGCAAAUUUCUGUUCUGGAGAAUCCUUAUUUGUUCCCUCUGUUUUAAAUAUGGCUGGAAGUUUUCCAUUGGUUUACCUGUGAAAUAGUUCAAAGCUGCGUUUCUCUAGAACUAGACCAACUCUUUAUCAAAGGUAGCCAUCCUGUUUUGGGCAGGGGAUAAAAGUUGUAUUCUGUAUUUUAUUAUAUCUUCUACCGUGGCCAUGUAAAGCUAAAUUCUGUCUCAGGAGAAUUAGCUUUUCUGUUUGUUAUGGCUUUAUGAUACUGGCAAAUAUCAAUAGAAGGAAGUACAUUUUCCAAAUUUAGGAGUAGUAUUUUGUUUAAACUUUAAUAUUCAAGGCUGAAUAUAUUUUGCCUCAUCAUGGUCCCUAGUAAAUGAAAUUGUCUUCUUAGUUCUAUAAAGGGAGCCAGUCUAUUAAUGACAGCUCUCUCAAGGCAAAUCCUAUUUUUCAAAAAGUUGAAAUUAAUCAUACAUGUAGAUAUACUCAAAAUUUCUUAAAUGGGUUAAUUUGUCUUGUUAUUAGCUGGUAUUUAGUCUAGUCAUAAGAUUUUCAAAUUGAGAAGAAAAAAUAGUAACUGACAAGUCAUUAACCAGAAAUAAUACAAGAAUCAAAUAAUUUGAAAGCUCAUCCUGUGUAACUGUAUUGGGAAUUGCAUCUAUUUCACUUAUAAAUGUGUUUCUCUGACAAAUACACUUACAAAUUGUUGCAUUAUCACUCCUGUGCUUUUUCUAGACCCCUUUUUGACUGGAUGGUGUUUUGUGUAGUGUGUUGUUACUUACCUCCUUCCUUCAUUAGGACUGACACAGAAAAGUGGUUUAGGGGGAUGGCCUCGACAGGGUUCUUCCACAUAACUUUCAGACUGUUGUCUUUGUGGCUGCAUCUUAUUUUCCCACUGUCACCACCACUAUGAUAUUACUGUGUAAAUGCCAUAUUUUUCUGGUGGGGGAUAAAGUUUUCUUGAAGUCUAUUUUAAAAUUAAAGCUAACAUAUGUGUAUUGCAUUAAAUAUAAUACGCACAUGGUACUUUGUGCUGAACACAAA